CGUCCUCACGAUACCUAGCCCCCCCCCCCCCAUAUAAAUACACUUCAACAUCCGAUUCCCAUGAGUGAUUUUGGUGGAAUACAAUGGGGAAGAAUAAGAGCAGCAAGAAUUUUGAAGGCGAGACGAAGAGCGAAGAACAACAGCAGGAGAAGGAAGGAGGAAAGAAAGAACAACACAACCAUAGUGUGGUUUUGAAAGUGGAAUUUCAUUGCAAGGGUUGCGUCCGUAAGAUUCUCAAAGCCGUUCGAAGCUUUAAAGACGUGGAGAAGGUGACCUGUGAUAACGAUACCAAUAAGGUGACGGCAAUCGGAGUAGUGGAUGCGUUGAAGCUAAAGGAGAAGGUGGAGCGAAAGACGAACAGGCCCGUACAACUUAUCUCUCCUUUACCAAACAAAGAGAAGAAGCAGAAUGAAAAUGACUCAAAGGGUACCAACGGAGACGAAAAGAAAACCAAAGCGAAAGAGCCUCCGGUUACCACUGCGGUACUGAAAUUGCAUCUACAUUGUGAAGGAUGUAUCCAGAAGAUUCACAAAAUUAUCACUAAGAACAAAGGUUACAAGGCGAUGAAAAUAGACCAAGAAAAGGAUUUGGUGACAGUGACAGGUUCAAUGGACAUAAAGGAAUUGGUGGAGGUGCUGAAGAAACAGCUGAAGAAAGACGUACAAAUUGUCCCGCCGAAGAAAGAAGGCGGCGGCGGCGAUGGGAAGGGAAACGGAAAAGGGAAGGAUGGGCCAGGCGGCGGAGACAAGAAGGACCAAUAUGAGUAUCCGGAGUUGGAUGCAACUGCAAUUCAUGCUACUCAGCUUUUCAGUGAUGAGAAUGUUAAUGCUUGCACUAUUAUGUGAUCAGGGAGUAGAAUAUACUGGAAAAUUUACAGUUUUAGAAAGAAAAAAAAUGAAGAUGAAAAUUGUACAUAAACAAUAGGAAGGCUGGAGAUGAAUAUUGAUCAAUUAUCUAUAGUCCGUAUAUGUGAUUAGCCUAUGGGAUGCUAAUUAAUUAUUGUUGAAUUGGCUUAACUAUGAACAGUACCAUUCCCUUUUAUGCUAGUAAAACUUGUGUAUGAAAAUUAGUGAGUGUCAUUGAGGCUACUGGAAGAUAUUUUA